GGAGAACCCUUCGGCAGCCUCAGUCGGUCCUUGAGGAGGAUGACUGAGACACUAUGGGCCACGCGCUGUGUGUCUGCUCUCGGGGAACUGUCAUCAUUGACAAUAAACGCUACCUCUUCAUCCAGAAACUGGGGGAGGGUGGGUUCAGCUAUGUGGACCUAGUGGAGGGGUUACAUGAUGGACACUUCUACGCCCUGAAGCGAAUCCUGUGUCACGAGCAGCAGGACCGGGAGGAAGCCCAACGUGAAGCAGACAGGCAUCGCCUCUUCCAUCACCCCAACGUCCUUCGCCUCGUGGCUUACUGUCUGAGGGAGCGGGGCACUAAACAUGAGGCCUGGCUGCUGCUACCUUUCUUCAAGAGAGGUACGCUGUGGAAUGAGAUCGAAAGACUGAAAGACAAAGGCAACUUCUUGACUGAAGAUCAAAUUCUUCAGCUGCUGCUGGGUAUCUGCAGAGGACUUGAAGCCAUUCAUGCCCAGGGCUAUGCCCACAGGGACCUGAAGCCCACCAAUAUCUUGCUUGGAGAUGAGGGGCAGCCGGUUUUAAUGGACUUGGGUUCCAUGAAUCAAGCAUGCAUCCAUGUGGAGAGUUCCCGCCAGGCUCUGGCCCUGCAGGACUGGGCAGCCCAGCGGUGCACCAUCUCCUACCGGGCCCCGGAGCUCUUCUCUGUGCAGAGCCACUGUGUCAUCGAUGAGCGGACUGAUGUCUGGUCCCUAGGUUGUGUGCUAUAUGCCAUGAUGUUUGGGGAAGGCCCUUAUGACAUGGUGUUCCAGAAGGGUGACAGUGUAGCCCUUGCUGUACAGAACCAACUCAGCAUCCCAGAAAGUCCCAGGCAUUCUUCAGCAUUGCGGCAGCUGCUGGCCUCCAUGAUGACUGUGGACCCCCACCAGCGCCCUCACAUUCCUCUUCUCCUCAGUCAGUUGGAGGCACUGCAAGCCCCAGCUCCAGGCCAGCAUACUACCCAAAUCUGAACAAGCCAGUAGCCACAUUGAGAAGGUGGCCCCUGUGCCUUGGAAAGAGGGCCCCAUCCCUCACUGGAAUCUGUCUUUUCUAUCCAGGCCUGCUCUCUUGCAGUUGGGGGCAGGGGGGCUGGAGAGGGUUAGCUCAGUCUUCUGUCUGAUGGGAUGGGUGAGGGUGGGGGGAUGGGGAAAGGGAAACUGAUGGAAUCUGGUAAAGGCUCUGAGCAGGACUGCUGAGCUUACAUCAUGGUCUGCCUCCAAAUCUGGGAGCAGGAGAAUGUAUAAAUAGAAUAAAGUGAAAACACCUUGGUGUGGA